GAAAAAAUAAAAAACAUAAGAAAACUAGAACAGUGAAAAAGAAAAGAAAACUAGGGGAAGAGGAUUUUAGGGCAGGGUAGGGUUUAAUAGUGAGAUUCCGCCUCUCUCCGCCACUUCUGCUUCUUCAGCUUCCAGAAACGCCGACGGAAUCAAACCAACAGAAAUCCCCGCCGGAUCGUCGUUCUCCGGUAUCUUCUCGCCCACUACACGUCCUGUUAUCCGCCUGCGAGAUGGAAAGUUUGGUAGUGGCGGGGCAGAGGAGCGAGAAUUUGGCGGUCGGGAAAGAUGGAUCGUCCUCGUUGGCGGUGGAUGCGGAAAUAUCCGUUGCAUCCACUUCUUCGUUUGUUACUGCGGCGAUGAUGCAGCGGAAGAUAGAGUUCCACCAGGCGAGGAAGCAGUACAGCGGUUUGGGCAAGUGUCGGGAUUUCCCGAUGGAGACGCUAAACCCUGAUUCAUCGAAGGGGCCGGCUAGGUUGGAGGAGCUGACGACAUCGAUGUCUCGGCAGGUAGUUAAGAGAAGCGACGGGACGACGAUUGAUUUGUGGGAGAGCGAGAUCAGUAGCUUCGGUACUACAUUUCAGCGCAUUGGUGCUGGUUUGCGAAACAUCGGGAAUACUUGUUUCCUCAACUCGGUGUUGCAAUGCCUGACUUAUACAGAACCUUUGGCAGCAUAUUUACAAAGUGGCAAGCACAAGAGUUCUUGCCGUAUUGCUGGAUUUUGUGCCUUGUGUGCCAUCCAGAAACAUGUCAACCGUGCUUUACGAUCUACCGGGAUAUCAUUUGUACCAGAUCUUGUUUCGAACAUGAAAUGUGUAUCCCGAACUCUCAAAGUUUCUAAGCAAGAAGACGCACAUGAAUACCUGGUGAACUUGCUGGAAUCAAUGCAUAGGUGCUGCUUACCAUCAGGAGUCCAGAGCGAGUCGCCUGCUGCUUAUGAAAAUAGUUUGGUGCACAAAAUCUUUGGUGGUCACCUGCGUAGUCGGGUGCAAUGCCAGCAGUGUUCUUACUGCUCUGACAAAUUUGAUCCAUUUUUGGACUUGAGCCUUGAAAUAAACAAAGCGGAUGCUUUACCUGUAGCACUCCGAAACUUCACUGCUGCCGAGUUGUUGGACGGCGGAGAGAAGCAUUAUCAAUGUCAACAAUGCAAGCAUAAAGUUAGAGCCACGAAACGUCUCACGAUUAAUAAACCACCCUAUGUGUUGAGCAUACAUUUGAAGCGUUUUUUUGAACAUGAUCCUGGAAGGAAGGUUGGGAAGCAAGUGUCUUACGAUCGUACCUUGGACAUUAGGCCAUUUGUUAGUGAUCCCAAUGAAUGCAACAUGAAGUACAGCCUUUAUGGCAUUCUAGUUCAUCAUGGAAGCAGUACCCGCUUUGGUCAUUAUGUCUGCUUUGUUCGCACCUCGACUGGGAUGUGGUACUGUCUUGAUGAUGAAAAGGUUCACCAAGUUGGCGAGAAGACUGUUUUAAAUCAGAAGGCUUAUAUGUUAUUUUAUGUUCGUGACAGAAAGAAAGUAGCUCCAAGGAGACAACUUGACGAGGUUAAAAAACAAAACAAUAUGAAAGCCCCUCUUGUUAGUAACAUGUCUAACAUGGUUGUUAAGAAAAUGAUAAAUGGUGUCUCAAAGGAGGCUCUACAGAUGGAAGUACCAACCAAACAGAAGAGUGAGCCAGCAAAUACAGAAUGCUCAACUCAAAAUCCAGGCCCCGUUUCGGCAUCUUCUGCCAAGCAACCAUUGCUCCUUGACCCUGAUUUAGGAGAAUGCCUUGAUACUCCUGCACAAUGUGUAACUGAGAAUGUCAGCCCCACUCCUGAACCGAAAGACUGCAUCGUCUCACUUGCAGCAGGAACAAGUGUCAGUGGUUGCAUUUCCUCUAGCUCCAGUGAGGAUCGAAAUAUGGCAACUGGCAAGCUCACCUCUGUUGAGUCUUUGCAAAAGCCUAGUUCUGCUUUAACCAUGGUGGUUGAAGUGCCUUCUGGAUGUGCUGGUGAUAUGACAUCAAAUGUACCCAGUUCGACUGCAUCAGUUCGGGAUCGGGAUCAUGUAGAUCAUGCACUAUCACGAUCUGAUCCCAGCUGUGAGAAGAUUCAGGAUGGCCGCGUUCCUGUUAACAAAACUGGAGAUCAGGCAGGCUAUAAAGUUGAAGUAGUUGACAAGGAGAGUGAAGUGCCGAGUGCUACUGGUAGCAGUCCACAGAAAAGAGAUAAAAGGAAGCAUUUGAAGCACCAUAUUUGUAAACUGCAUCUUGGUACAAACUUCUUCAGGACAUCUCUCGGCCAUGGCAUAAAGAAGAAAAGUAGAAAGAGGAAACGCCGCAGUUCAGACAGACUGAAGCUCAUGAAGCAGCAGCAGUUGGAGGAGGAAAAGAGCCUUUCAUCUCAGAUGGAGCCCUCAACUUCCAAGAACUUCGCCUUUCCAUUGAGUUCAGCAAUUUCUCAGAAGAAGAGGGCUAAGCCCCAUUCUAUGGAGGAUUGUGCAGGCAUGAAUCCUCAAGAAGACAUGGUUGGGGAAUUGUCACAAAGGACUGGUCAGAAUGGUGCUGUCCUUGCAACAGCUGAGCGAUUGCAGAAGAGCUCCAUCUCUAACUCUGCAGCAAACGGGCAAGAUGCUAACAGCACGAUAGGAAAUGUUAAAAGAGAUGCAGCGAAGAAUUGUGUGGCGGAUUUCCUUGCUCAAGGUUUUAAGCAUAAGACAGCCUCGUGUUGGGACAAGGUAAAUCCAUCUCAAACCCGGAAAUCAAAUAGUGCAGAGGUUUUCAGCAUCGGUUACGUGGCAGACGAGUGGGAUGAAGAAUACGAUCGAGGUAAGAGGAAGAAGGUUAGGGAGUCGAAGGAAGACUUCAGCGGACCAAAUCCUUUCCAACAGGUUGCUUUCUAGAUGACGUUUCUAAAUAAAGCUGCCUACUAUGAAGUGGAGCGCACGAUCGUGUCCUACAUGGAAGGCUCCCAAUGGAAGCGGGUUUGGCCUGAACUUGCGGAGCACGUAGUCUGCUACGGCGGGAAGCUGAGUGAAGUCGCCGUCUGGUUGCCGGUUUUAGGCAUACAUUUCGCCGGCGGGGCAGAGCUAUCCAUCGACGCAUACGGAACUUUCAUGCAACUGGCCGAUCAGGAUGCCUUCUGCUUGGCUUUUGGUGCAGCUGAUUCUACCCAGUCGGGUAGUAUUGGGAUCCUUGCGCAGCAGAACUACAACGUCGGAUAUGAUCUGGUGCACAAAAGGGUCUACUUUCAGAGGAGUGCUUGCCUGAAUCUCCCAUAGGAAGAAUUCAUCCUAGUUUGAAAACAUUAAGGAUCUUUAUGGCUUGCCUUGUCUGUUCUUGAGGAAUCUUUGGUCUAAAAUUAACAUCUUCAUGUGCAUCUUUUUUUCACUGUUGCCAAACCGCGGUUGAUCAUGAGAAACAUGAAUAGUUAAAAAUUCUUCAAAUGAACA